UUGUAUGGCUUUUGGACCUGCAUGCUGAGGUUGUAAAAUGCCUUUCCACAGCCCCCUAUGCAGAUGCACACAAACGGACAUGAUAAGGAGUGUGGGAGCAGAGAUACUCUCUGACGAUAAUACUUCCUGUGUUUAUAUGACACUAUCUGGCUUGAACUGAGAAUCACCUUCCCUUGAGCACUGGAGAGAGUCAAGAUGGGGAAAAAGCGGUUCUCCAGUUUGGAGGCGACCCUUCUAGUUCUGUUUUUAUUAAUGACUGUGGUAGCCAUAACUAUGAUAGUUCUGUUUCUCACGGGAGAACCUGGCGUCGUUACAGAAGAACCUUCAGACGAAUUUGUUCCUCUGUGUCCAAACAUUCCUCCGUCUGACAGAGUAGACUGUUUCCCGGAUCACGGCGCCUCAAAGCUGAAAUGUGAGCAGCGUGGCUGUUGCUGGAGCCCCCGGGAUGAGACAAAUACUCCCUGGUGUUACUUCCCAACUAACCAUGGAUACACAGCAGAAUUAGUGGAGCAGCCGAGUUCUUAUGUAAUGACAGCCCAGCUGAGCAGAAUGGCCUCUCCUACUUUAUUUGGUGCUGACAUAAAAAAGCUGUCAUUUCAUGCAGAAAUGCAGACAAACAAUCGACUUCGAUUUAAGAUUUUUGAUCCUCAAAACAAGAGGUUCGAGGUGCCUCAUGAGCAUGUCCCAACUGUCACCAACAAUCCAUCCAGCCCCAUCAGCGAAACACUAGAGAUCACAAACAAGCCCUUUGGCCUCGUCGUGCGUAGGAGAGAGAACAAAAAAGUCCUAUUUGACACUACAUUUGCACCACUGGUGUUUGCAGACCAGUACCUACAGCUGUCUGCUAAGCUUCCAUCCCAUAAUAUCUAUGGCUUAGGAGAGCAUGUCCAUACGAGAUAUCGCCAUGAUACCAACUGGAGAACCUGGCCCAUUUUUACCAGAGAUGCUUUUCCUAAUGGGGGGACGCAUAACCUCUACGGACAUUACCCCUUCUUCCUCUGUCUGGAAAAUGAGACUGGGAAGUCUUUUGGGGUGUUUCUCAUGAACAGCAAUGCAAUGGAAGUGACUCUGCAGCCAGCCCCAGCUGUGACCUACAGGACAAUAGGAGGAAUCUUGGACUUCUAUAUUCUCAUUGGAAACACACCAGAAGAUGUUGUGCAUGAGUUCCUUGAGCUCAUAGGAAGGCCUGUCAUUCCUCCCUACUGGUCGUUGGGUUUCCAGCUUUCUCGAUGGAACUAUGGUAACUUGAGUGUGGUCAAGGAAACCGUGGAGAGGAACCGUGCAGUGGGGCUCCCUUAUGACGUUCAAUACACUGACAUAGACUACAUGGAGGACAAGAAAGAUUUCACUUAUGACAAAGUAAAGUUUGCAGAGCUACCUCAGUUUUCUGAAUACCUCAGUGCGAAGGGUCAGAAGUACAUCCUUAUCCUGGAUCCUGCAGUAGCAACUAGCAAGAGGGUAGGGAAUACUCCAUAUGAGUCCUAUGAUCGAGGGACAAAAGUGAAUGCUUGGGUCACAGAAUCCGAUGGGAAAACUCCUCUGAUAGGAGAGGUGUGGCCGGGAGAAACAGUCUUUCCAGACUACACCAGCCAAAAUUGCAUCAAUUGGUGGACAGAUGAGUAUUUGCGAUUCUACCAGGAGGUCAAACACGAUGGCCUCUGGAUUGACAUGAAUGAGGUGGCUAAUUUCAAGCAAGGAUCAUCCAAAGGCUGUGUUGAUAACGCCCUUAACUACCCCCCUUACACUCCAAAGAUUCUAGAUGAGCUGAUGUACAGUAAGACCCUGUGCAUGGAUGCCAAGCAGGCCUGGGGGAACCAUUACGACGUCCACAGUCUGUACGGCUACUCCAUGGUCCUGGCUUCAGAAAAAGCCUUGCAGCAGGUGUUCGGAAGAAACCGCAGUCUGAUUCUGACCCGCUCCUCCUUCCCAGGUGUGGGAAAAUAUUCAGGCCACUGGCUGGGUGACAAUGGUGCCAACUGGAAUGACAUCAAGUGGGCCAUACCUGGCAUGCUUGAGUUUGGGCUGUUUGGAGUUCCCUACAUUGGAGCUGACAUCUGUGGAUUCUUUGGCGACUCACCUGAAGAGUUAUGUCGCCGCUGGAUGCAAGUGGGGGCUUUCUAUCCCUUCAGUCGAAACCACAAUGCUGAGGGCUAUGCGGCCCAGGAUCCAGCUGCAUAUGGUGCUGACUCACUACUGGUGAACAGCUCCAGACACUACCUGAAGAUACGAUACACUCUUCUGCCUUACCUGUACACACUCUUUUACAAAGCCCACACCAAAGGGGACACUGUUGUACGUCCUGUCCUGCAUGAGUUCUACAAUGAUAGCGCCACCUGGGAGGUGGAUCGUCAGUUCCUUUGGGGCAAACACCUGCUCAUCUCACCUGUACUGGAUCCAAAUGUGGACAGACUGAGGGCAUAUAUGCCAGAUGCUGUAUGGUAUGACUAUGAAACGAUGGAACGACUGCGAGACCGUAAGAUGCAUGUUGAAUUGCAUCUACCAGGUGACAAGCUUGGCCUGCACAUCAGAGGUGGUGGGAUUCUCCCCACACAGAGGCCUGAUGUCACCACCACAUACAGUCGGCGCAACCCCAUGGGUUUGAUUGUUGCUCUUGAUGACAACAAACAGGCAGCAGGGGAACUCUUCUGGGAUGAUGGAGACUCUCGAGAGACAGUUAAGAAUGGAAACUACCUUCACUACAGUUUCUCUUUCACAGAUUGGGUACUGACAAUGAAGGUGACCCAUGCUGGAUACACAGACCCAAAUACCCUCAACUUUGAUGACAUUGCAAUCCUCGGAUUGCCAGAUGCUCCAUCAUCCAUCUCUGUGACUGAAGUUAACACUGAAAGUGGAGCGAACAUUACUAGCACCUUGACAAAUGACCAGAUAUUCCAUGAUGUAGCCAAGGAGGUGUUGUUCUUGCGAAACCUCUCCUUGAGUCUGGGAAAGACCUACGUUUUGAAGUGGGAAGACAGACGAUUUGACUGCCAUCCAGAAAAUAAUCCAACCGAAGCCAAAUGCUUGGAGAGGGGCUGCAUCUGGAAGACAAGUACUGUUGAUCGUGUUCCAUGGUGCUUUUAUCCAGAAGACUAUGGAUAUACUUCUGCAACUCCUAUUUUAACCAGUUCAGGCAUUACAGUUGACAUCACUCGAACCAAGAGAUACAGGAGUAGCGGCCGUCCAGGUUCACCACACAUUGACAAGCUCCGUGUGGAGAUUCGCUAUCAUACUGCUGACAUGCUACAAUUCAAGAUCUUCGACCCGACAAAUAAUCGCUAUGAGGUACCUGUGCCGCUGUCAAUUCCUGAAACUCCCGAGACUGAUGAGACCAAGCGCCAUUACAAGGUCUCUAUUAGUAACAACCCAUUCGGCAUCCAGGUAAUAAGGAAACGCACAGGAACCACAUUGUGGGACUCCUCCAUGCCAGGUUUUACCUUCUCAGACAUGUUCAUCCAAAUAUCAACUCGACUGUCAUCUGAGUUUGUCUACGGAUUUGGAGAAACGGAGCACCCCUCCUUUAAACAUGAUCUUAACUACCACACCUGGGGCAUGUUCUCCAAAGACCAGCCUCCUGGUUACAAGAUGAAUUGCUAUGGCGUACAUCCUUUCUACAUGGGCCUUGAGACCACCACUGAUGCUCAUGGUGUGCUGCUGCUAAACAGCAAUGCCAUGGAUGUGACUUUCCUGCCAGUCCCAGCUUUAACCUAUCGAACUAUUGGAGGCAUUCUGGACUUCUACAUGAUCCUCGGACCAACACCUGAAAUGGUUGUUCAGCAGUACACUGCACUGGUUGGACGACCUGUUCUGCCUGCUUAUUGGUCGCUUGGAUUCCAAUUGUGUCGCUAUGGUUAUGCCAAUGACUCAGAAAUACAAAAUCUAUACAGAGACAUGAAGGAAGCUGGUAUUCCCUACGAUGUACAGUAUGCAGACAUUGACUAUAUGGACCGUCAGCUGAACUUUGUCCUGGACCCAGAGUUUAAAAAACUGCCCCAGCUGGUUAACAAUAUGAGAGAAGAAGGCAUGCGGUUCAUCUUCAUUCUGGAUCCAGCUAUUUCAGGCAACGAGACAGACUAUUAUCCUGCUUUUGAGAGAGGAAAGGCAGCUGAUGUCUUCAUCAAAUGGCCCAGAGAACUCAGUGAUGACAUUGUGUGGGGAAAGGUCUGGCCUGACUUCCCCAAUGUCACAGUAAAUGAAUCUCUUGACUGGGAAACCCAAGUGCAGCGCUACAGGGCAUACACUGCAUUCCCAGACUUCUUCCGCACUCAAACAGCAAGAUGGUGGCACCAAGAAAUUGCGGAUUUCUAUAUGAAUAUAACAAAGUUUGAUGGCCUUUGGAUUGACAUGAAUGAACCUGCCAGUUUUGUCCACGGUACAGUUGACGGGAAGUGCCUUGGUAAUCCCCUUCUGGAGAACCCACCAUAUAUGCCACCCCUGGAAUCCAGACAUCUUGGCCUAAACCAUAAGACUCUCUGCAUGAACAGCGAACAGAUACUUAGUGAUGGGAAACGUGUCAGCCAUUACGAUGUCCACAGCCUCUAUGGAUGGUCCCACACCAAACCCACCUACGAUGCACUGCUGAACAUCACUGGGAAAAGAGGUAUAGUAGUGACCAGAUCCACUUACCCCUCCAGUGGAAAAUGGGCUGGACAUUGGCUAGGUGACAACGCUGCCAGCUGGGACCAGCUGUACAAAUCCAUUAUAGGUAUGAUGGAGUUCAGUCUCUUUGGCAUACCUUAUACUGGAGCAGACAUAUGUGGGUUCUUUAACAAAGCUGAGUAUGAAAUGUGUCUGCGCUGGAUGCAGCUGGGUGCCUUCUAUCCAUACUCACGCAACCACAAUGGCAAGGGUAACCCUAGACAAGAUCCUGUCGCUUGGGACGCCAAGUUUGCUAAUGCAUCCCGUGAUGUCAUGAACAUCCGUUACACCCUCCUGCCAUACCUCUACACACUGAUGUUUGAGGCACAUACUAAAGGAAGCACAGUGAUCAGACCACUGUUGCACGAGUUUGUGACUGACAGGAUUACGUGGGGCAUCCACAACCAAUUCCUUUGGGGACCUGCUCUACUUAUCAGCCCCGCCCUGGAAAAGGGACUCAGUGAGGUGCGUGGCUACCUUCCUGCUGCUCGUUGGUAUGACUUCCACACGGCUCGGGAUGUUGGAGUGCGUGAGCGAUGGCAUAUGAUGCCAACACCUCUGACCCAUAUUAACCUUCACAUAAGAGGAGGAUACAUCGUACCUUGGCAAAAACCAGAGCGUAAUACAUUUUUAAGUCGCAAGAAUCCCCUAGGACUGAUCGUUGCCCUGAGUGACAGUGGAACUGCUGAAGGAUCGUUCUUUUGGGAUGAUGGAGAAGGAAUAGACACGGUGGCGAGACGCCAAUAUCUUCAGACCUACUUUACUGCUCAAUCGGUGAGUUCAAGGGCCAACUAAAUGUCACUGCUUCCU